AUGGCGCUCAUAUUCUUUGCCGCUAUUGCCACGCUCUGCCGUAUUGCUGUGGCAGUGUCCCCGUCUCCUGUGAAAUGCGAUGCAUUGGGAUGCAGCUUAAGGAACUACUUGGGGGUAUGGCCAGACAGGAUUCCAUGUAGAGCAGCUCAAGUGUUCUAUCCAGCAACAGAGGAGGAGCUGUUAGCAGCAGUUGCAUACGCCGCGAGUAACAAUCGGAAGAUGAAAAUGGUGAGCAGAUGGUCGCAGAGUAUUCCGAAACUGGCAUGUCCGGGGGGUGAUUCGGGAGUGAUUAUAAGCACCAGGGAUCUGAAUUCAGGCAUCGUGGUAAAUUCGGAGGAAAUGACUGUUACAGUUGAUGCGGGAGUUCUCCUUCAACAGUUGGUCGAUACUAUUUCCACGCUUGGCUUUGCACUACCGGCUGCUACAUACUGGAAUGCAGUUUCUGUGGCUGGAGCAGUGAGCACUGGAGCGCAUGGAAGCAGUCUGUGGGGACGCGGAGGUGCUCUCCAUGACUACGUUGUGGGAGUAUCCUUGGUGGUUCCAGCAACUGAGGAAGAUGGAUUCGCGAAGGUAGUCAGGCUGGACGAGAAUUCUUCCAAGGACUUGCUGGAUGCAGCCAAGCUCUCGCUCGGAGUUCUUGGAGCAAUCUCGAAGAUAACUCUCAGCAUUGAGCCCAUGUUUAAGAGGUCGGUGGCUUUGGAAGUAAAAGACGAUUGUGAGAUCGAAGAACAAGUUCUGCGAUUUGGAAGUGACCACGAGUUUGGGGACAUCUGCUGGCACCCGUCCUUGAAGGCGUCCUUGUUUAAGCUGGACGGAAGAGCUCCUCUCGAGACGCCUGGAGGAGGAACGAACAAAUACAGGGGCUUUCAGCCAAUUCCAGUAGAACGAGCUGAGCAGUCCAGGCGCAGUGGUAGGCUUAUAGCAGCAGUUGUGUCUCUUAGUUCUGACUCGCUUAAUAUUUGUCUGAUAUGCAGAGGAAAAGAUCGAACAGGACAAGGACGAAUGGACGCUUUGCAGGCUCUCUGA